CUUUCUUCCUCAAUAGUAAUAUUUUUUUUUAAUUUAAAUAAAAAAGUAAAUAAAAAAAUCACCAUGGCUAGCGCAAGAAGCUUGGUAGCCAAGGCAAGUGAAGUAGGGUUAGCAAUUGUAAUGAUAGCCUUGGUGUUGGACUCUUGUGUGGCCAAUGGUGAAUACCUCGGCGGCCGUCGUGCCCUAGCCGCCGCCGGAAACCCUGCCGUUUUUGACAUUACUCAGUACGGUGCUGUCGGGGACGGCAAGACCAACAAUUUCAAGGCAUUUUUGAACGCAUGGAUCAAGGCAUGUCAGAGCGCCGUGCCAGCAAAGCUAGUGGUACCAAAGGGAACGUUUGUGUCGGGACCGAUGGUGUUCGCCGGACCAUGCAUGAGCCAAGUGACGGUGGAGGUUCAAGGAACGGUGAAAGCCACACCAGGCGUGCAGGGUUUCGCCACGCAAGAGUGGAUCUUGUUCGAGCGAGUGGACAACCUCGUACUCAGAGGAGAUGGCACUUUCGACGGAAGUGGAGAGGUCGCUUGGAGGGACCAUGCUUGCAACAAGGGCGGCAACUGCAAGCUCCCACCCACUACGCUAAAGUUCAGGGAAAUGAGCAACACUGAGGUACAAGGCAUCACAUCGUUAAACAGCAAGGCCUUCCACAUGUUCCUGGUCAAGACAACCAACACAACCAUCCACAACGUCAAACUGAUAGCACCGGACGAUAGCCCCAACACGGACGGAGUCCACCUCAGCAACGCCGACUCCGUCAAGAUCCUCGACAGCUACAUCGGGACAGGAGACGACUGUGUCUCCGUUGGCCGUGGCUCCAACGACGUGACCGUGGAACGCGUGGUCUGCGGUCCAGGUCACGGUUUCAGCGUCGGCAGCCUCGGAAAGUACAAAGGCGAGGAAGACGUCAGCGGCAUCACCGUAAGAAACUGCACCUUGAACGGUACCGACAAUGGAGCGAGGAUCAAGACUUGGGGAGGGUCAGACGCGAGCAAGGCCACCGACAUUACAUUCGAGGACAUCAUCAUGAAUAACGUCAAGAACCCAAUCAUCAUCGAUCAAGAAUACGGCUCAAGAGGAGGGCCAUCGAAAGUGGAGAUAAGCAACGUUUUAUUCAAGAACAUAAGAGGGACAUCGGUCACAAAGGACGUGAUACAGUUCGUAUGCAGCACGGCGGUUCCAUGCAAAGGGAUAAACGUGGUGGACAUAGACAUUGCGUACACAGGCAAGCCCAUAGGAGGGAAGGCCGGCGCAUCCAUCGUGGGGGCUAUCUGCAACAAUGCCAAGAUCAUCUUCGGUGGCCACCUUAGCUUUCCUGUGUGCCCUCCUUGAAAUUAACCUCUACUCCACUUGAUUUUUACCAUGCGAUGAUUUUUAGAUGGAUGUCGGUGAUUUUAUCACAAUUCAAUUCAUUUAUAUAAUAUAACAAAUUUGUUUUUCAUC